GGCUCAAGAAAAUCUCGGCUCAAGGCGCUUGACAUUUGAUCCCCUCUGCCUGGGUAACCUCCAGUGGGAUCGAGUGUGCGUCAGGGAGUCACACGUUUGUCGCCCAGAGUGAUAUUGCACUGCCAUUCAUUUGACACGUUUGAUCGCCUUGAGUGGUCUUCAAUUGAUUUGUUUCACACGUUUGUCGCCUAGAGUGAUAUUGCGCUGCCAUUCAUUUGACACGUUUGAUCGCCUUGAGUUGUCUUCAAUUGAUUUGUUUUGCUGGGUGCUCCCGAGGCAGUCUCUGCAAUCUUUCGUUAUGCCACACGUGCGGAGUGCAAGUGCUCGCAUUAUGCGUCGGGCGCUGGCUGUUCAAAACGGAUACUGUGUGCAUUUACCUAUUCGUUUGCCUCUGGAUGGAUUGGUGCCACCUACGUGUCUCCCACCACCAGGGCUGGAGCGGGCGACUGCCGAUUUGGUUCUAGAUUAUCUCUUGUUGCGCGAUCCACCUGUUGUUAAACGCAGUUUGGAGGAGGAGGAGGAGGCUGACAUUAAGACUGUUUCGGAGAAUCUUUCUUGCCGUAUGCAGGCUUCUGAAUCGCUGGUUGAUGUAGAUAUUGGAGUGCAGGCAUCUGAAUCGCUGGUUGAUGUUGGAGUGCAGACAGUUGAUGUUGCGGACUUUCAUUGUGAAGUCGGCUGUCAGACAGAUAGUGUCGUUGGGAUGGAGGGAGGAGCUUCAGGAGUUCUUCUUGGGAAAGUGACUGUGGCGGCGGAGGAGGAGCUGGAGGCACCCUCGACUGCGGAGUGUUCUCCGAACGUGCAGUCUGAUUCUGAUAGCCGCGCCUUGUCAGGAGCGUCCCAGGGGUGUCUGAAUCGUCCCGUCACGCUCAAUGAGGUAUCGAAGGAGUCGCGCCAGAGGACUCGAGGGAGAGAUCGUGACAAGGUCAAGGGGACAUCGACGUGCUCUCAGGCCACCAUUGCCGAUGUCAAAGCGUGGAUUGACGCUGUUGCCAGCAUCAACGAGUUGAAUGCGAUCCAGUAUUUAAAGAACGGAAUGGAUUUGUUUGAUAAGCUGGUGACUGAACGUGGGUUCCCUACAAAGAAGGCCCAAAAAGAUUAUGCUCGGAAACUGUAUGAGAUGCUCCAGAAUGUGCAAGCGACGCUGGAGGAUCUCCUAGGAUUCUUCGAGGUGCACAGGUUCUUGACAGGACAAAUGAACAGCGCCGAGAUGGCCAAGUUUCUUGAGGUUUCCAAGUGCAGCGAUUACCGAAUAAUAUUCUUCGGGCGCCCGAGGAGUUUCGACAAGUUGGGAUGAAGCUAUUCGUGCGCACUUGUAUGCAACUUUCGGUUUAGAACAGCGAAGGCUGUAAUGCUUGUAUCUUACUUGUUUUUGUUUUCCUCACUUUAUUUUUCUGUUUGACCUUUCGCUGGAGCCAUGAUGGCUCUACGGCCCGCUGUGGGCCCCACUAAGCGCUUCAGGUGUGUAAAGGGCAGGAGCCCCUCAUAUUCUUCAGGUGACGUUCUUCCACGGGUUGUUUCCCUGUCUAAUUCGUUGAUUACUUCACAUGUGACAUUGAGCAUACGCCUCUUGUCAUACGGCGGGUUGAACAUGCGUAUUUCGGACUGGUUUGAUGUGAAUAAGAGUUUGUGCUCACUCACGCCUUGCCUGUUUGGAUACGUCCGCUCCUUGCUCCGACUAGGCUGGAAAACCUGCACAGUCGACCGCAAAGUCCGCAAAAAAAACCAAGGUUGCUCAACGGUUGGUGGAGCAACGCUUGCAGAGCCACAAUAGGAACCUUUGUGUAACCUCUUGGCCUCCUCAUCAUAAAGAUUCUAUGGCUUCGCACCCUGGGGAGUUCCACGACUGGGAGUUUAUCUAAUGCAGUUGUGAGUUCAGCAGUGACGGAGGACGAGGAGAAACGUAACCACGCAGAUUAUUUGCUUCAGUUGGCGUGUAAGGUAAGGAUGAGGAAAUACUGCUUCCGCAAGUCUGGCUGGGUAAAGCUCGUGCACUCUUUCACGGCUGCCGCGCUGUAUCGCCUUUAUGGCCUCGGGUGCCGAAGAAAAGGCUGUGUUGCUUGAAGCGCUUCUUCGGGGUCGCGCGAGACUUGGCCCGAUAGCCAAUUUGACCCAUCUGUCGACGGAUAUCAGAGACUUUAGUCACCACAGACUCGUUCCCAAAAGCGUUACGGCAGCCAUGAAAUACGUGACGAAUUUUCAGGAUGAAUGGACGCGUCGCAAUGUAAAGAACUACCGCGAGUUGGCGGCCAAGGCGGGAUACCCAAUUGAUUGAUUGAUUUAGUGAUUGCACAUAGGCUGACAUGGUUGGCCAGAACCAGAAAUUGUUACGUUGUAUUCCAUACUUCCCUUAUUGAACAUGCGAGCAACACAAAACUAGACGGCCUCCGUGAAUUCUUCGACGGAGGUCGCUCUGUGGAGGGAUGUGCUGCAGAAUGGUGUUUAGGUUUGUGUGUACACGGGACGUGGCUGUUCGUGGCGGAGGAAGCUUUCUCGCUUGAUGCCUCUGCUUCUGUCGUGUUCUGUGUGAUGUUUGCAGCGCAACGGCUCUGUAUGGCCGUGGUGCACGUUUUGGGUAGCCUCUUUCAUCUCUAACCUGUUCCUACACCUUUGCAAUUUCACAUGGCGUGCUGCAUCCUUUUCCUUGUUCGUGCAUCCUAUUUCGAUGCCUAUGCCUCAGUGGCUCGGCAGUGUGAUGAUAAGAGAUGCCUUUUUCUAGCUACCCUGUGCUCCGUUCGGGAGUCUGAGGGCUCAGCUGUCACAGCUGUCCGCGCCCUGACUCAAACUCAAACUCAAAAACCAAGGUUGACGGUUUACCGCGGG